CCGGAAUCAGCGUAAUGUUGCAUCAGAUUGACAUUCAGUUACUUCGAACAAUUAUUAACAUGAAAUUUGUACCACAAUUGCUCCGUAUUUACGUCAGAUUACGUUUUGAUUUACAAACACCUAAACAUUGCACUUUUCGAAAACUUUUCUCUCCACAUAUAUGCGUCUUUACAACGCCGUUUAAGGUUUUUGUUGUCCAUCAUUAACUGUAAGCUAAAACAACUCCGCGAAAGUUGUCUACAUUGGUUGGUGGGAGGUUAAAGUGUACAACGAAGUUGUAUCUCCCUGUAAAGUCACUUUAUAUUAAUAUGUAGGGUUUGUUUCAUGCUGCCGCGUGCACAGAAUUGCUGUACGAUGCGUUUUUAUAAUACCAGGACACCGUGGUGGGGCAGCAUACGCUUGUGUUAACCUCUAACCAACAGGGUUAGUGUUAGCACAGACGUCUCUGGUUAGCAUCAAUACAAUCAUGGCCAAACAUGCGGUGCUGUCAUCGGGGGCAAAAAUGUGGAGAUCUCUGGUCUGUUUAAAGUCAGAGCUGCGCCUGGACCUCACUCUUGCCUGUGGACAGUCUUUCCGCUGGAGAGAAACCGCAGAGGGCCACUGGACCGGAGUGAUGGGAGGACGAGUGUGGACUCUAACCCAGACAGAUGACACCCUGUGGUACCACGUUUAUAAAAACCAAGACGGGCAGAAGAUGGGAAGUGACAGGAAGAGGAGAGCUGGAGUUUCUCUCCAGGAGGAAAACAACUCAGAGAAGAGAUUCAAAGGGGCUUUGAAGAAGGAAGAGGAGGAGAUGUUGGCUGUGACUUCAGUGCAGGACACUGAGGAGGAAGAAGAGAAGCUGAGAGAUUACCUCCAGCUGAAUGUGAAGCUGGAGGAGUUGUACAGAGAAUGGGGAGCUGCAGACCCCCACUUCAGGAAAAUUGCAGACAUCUUCACAGGUGUGCGAAUGCUGCGUCAGGACCCGACUGAAUGCCUGUUUUCUUUCAUUUGCACCUCCAACAACCACAUCUCUCGUAUCCAGGGCAUGGUGGAGAGACUGUGUCAGGCUCUGGGUGCCCCACUGUGCCAACUGGACGAAACCUCUUACUAUGACUUUCCUUCCCUGACUGCACUUGCAGACAGCAGCGUAGAGGCAUGUCUCAGGGAUCUCGGUUUUGGAUACAGGGCUCGGUUUCUGCAGCAGAGCGCAAAGCAAGUUCUGGACACCCAUGGUCUCCAGUGGCUUGAAGGUCUACGCAGCAUUCCAUAUCUGCAGGCCCGUGAUGCUCUGCGUGCGCUUCCUGGUGUGGGCACCAAGGUGGCAGACUGUGUAUGUCUGAUGUCCCUGGAUAAGGCAGAGGCCGUGCCCGUCGACACACAUGUGUGGCAGAUCGCUAAACGCGACUACAAAUAUGCUGCUGGGAACGGACAGAAGAGCAUCACAGAUAAACUUCACAGAGAUAUUGGUGAUUUUUUCAGAAAACUGUGGGGUCCUUAUGCUGGUUGGGCACAUUCGGUGUUGUUCUGUGCUGAUCUCAAGAAGUUCCAAAAGUUAAAAGAAACGCCACAUCUGAUGCAGCCGAAGAAAGAGGAAAAGGAUGAAGAAGAAAUGAGGGUAGCGUGCAAGAAAGCAAAAAUCAGGACGGAGGAAAAUGGAACUGUGAAGCACACGAAAACCAAGAAAACAAAGACGUCUGUCAAGAAUGAGAAGGCGGUAUGAGGUAAACAAGCUUCUCACAUCAGGAUUCACAUCCGGUUACUCCAACACACUUUGUGUUUUGGCUUUUUUAUAUUGGGGAAGCAAGACAAACACAUAACAAGCGAUUUAACAGAGAUAGACAUUACAUGACCACAUAUACAUACAAUACUACAGUGGGACAAGCAUUACAUUGAACGCGGACUGUGGUGUAAGUGUAAGAGAUGAAUUGAUAAGGUGCACAACUGUGUAGGAAAGAAAAAAGAAAAACUGGCAGCUUUUUCUGUCACUUUAUAGCUGUAGAUACCCCUUUUUCAUAUCUUUUUACUUAAGGAAAAAGGAAGAUGAGAGAAGAAGGAAGAAAAACACUUAAAAAACUGUUCAUUCAGCUUUAUUUGAAAACCCACUGGAAUUAAAAAUGUAGGAGAUUUAUUUGUCAGGAACACAGUAUAAACUUGAUUACUGUAAAAUGAUUCUCAGGGGUUUUGUGUUCAUAUGUUUUUAUAUUUUACUGUAACCUAUCAUAUGUCUACCUCCCCAUGAGUUCACUAUUACAAAUGCAGUACAUUGAUGUUUUUUUUUUUUUACAAUAAAAACAAAAUAACUUA